AUGACUGGAAGCGAGCUGCCACCACAGCCGAAUGGCGUUCCGGAAGGCACACUCGACGCAGCUCUGACAGCUUCCGCGGUCGUCGAAGGCGAGUUUUGGAUAUUUGGUUAUGCGUAUGUAACGUAUUGCGUUGUCGUACUCUCCUUGAGGGGACCUCGUUUGCUUUGUCUGCCUCUUACGGCAGUCACAGCACACACACCACAAAGCACAAAGGCCCUGGCGGACUUGGCUGGGAUGGACACAUCCCCAUUUCUCCCCGAAAACUUCUCCCUCCAAUCAUCUCCUUCGUUUCCCAAGUUCCGUCCCGCGUCGCCUGACUUGCCUCCUGCGUACACAUUCCUCGAAUGUCAGCGCCGACUUCAGCUCAUUAACCAACAAUGUCUUCAACAGGAGCCUCAUCUGGAAGCCGCCACCACAUUUCGACCGCAGAGUACCAGGAUGGGUGACCGGUUAUGUGCGCCGAUUUUGGCAGGCAAGGUGAGCAUUUCAAUCUUCUCCUCGUCGACGGGAACAGGACCAAGGGCUGGCAAAGAUGCGUUGUCUGAAGACCACCGUGGCACCCCCGAGGCACCCGGUCGCGUGGCCACGCUCAUUGAGCGCUCCUUUUGGGAGAAACUGACGGAUCACCACGACUGCGCCUCCGACAAAGUCUGGGGCGUCGCCUACCGCAUCGACGCCGCACAUGCCGCCGAGGUGCGCGAGUAUCUCGACAUUCGCGAGAUCAACGGCUACACCGUUCACUACACGCCGUUUUACCCUGCGUCCAAGGGCACUGCCGCGUUUCGCACCAUGGCAUACAUUGGCACGCCCGAGAAUCCGCAGUUUACCGGUCCGCAAGACGUUCAGGCGCUAGCGGAGCACAUUUACCGGUCGACGGGGCCGAGUGGGCCGAACCGGGACUACUUGUGGGGCCUGGAGACGGCACUCGAUGAGCUGAGCCCGGAGAGCGGCGACGAGCACGUCACAGACCUGUCGAACCGCGUGCGGGCCUUGGUCAAGGCUGCUUCUGAAGCCGAAGUCGAAGCCCAAGCCGAAGCGACGUCGAACGCUUCUGCUCAGUAA